GUGACGAGUUUGAAUUGCUAAAAUGGAAAAUAUUCAUGCAGACACAGUGGUGGAGGUUAUAUGAGUAAAAUCAAAAUGGAAGAGCAUUUGUUAUGUAUAAAGACAAGGACAGAACAUCUGAGUCCAUUUCUUUCUCGACUGUCCUUUUCUUACUAGUACACAUUAUACCAUCUCUCUCCCUCUCUCUCUCUUCAUAAUAAUCCCCAUCUUCUUUCUCUUGUCUUUCUGCAAAAUCCCCCUUCCCCUCCCUUCUCUUUUAUUAUAUUCACUUCUUCUCUCUCAUACACACACAGACAUAUGAUCGAAGAACAACACUGGGUUAGUUAUCUAAUUUCCAUCUUGAUUAUUCAAGACUUUCUUGGGUACAACCUUAAUUAGGAUCGAAACUUUAUAUUAAAUUUGUUUUUAUCAAUUAAAAAGAUGCCCUUACAAGGAAUCUUCCUUGAUCAACCCUCUUCAAAUCCACCCCCUGAUCUCUCUCUCCAUAUUAGUCCUCCAAAUGCAACCAUCCAACCUGGAUUUGAUUCUAGAACCUUCGGAACCAAUACCGAGCUUUCUUUAUCCCAUCCCAACACAUCUAACUCCAACCAGCUGACCGGUCGGGAAACCAGCUACCUCCAGAUACCCCGUAACAGAAAUCAUGGAUUCUUGUUUCCAUCCGAUGACCUGAUCAGUCGACCGAUCAAGGGUGUCCCGGUUUAUCAGAACCGUGCCUUCCCAUUUUUACCGAUGGAUCGUGGUAAUAACCUUCAUCACUAUCCUGGGCCUGAUCCUAUGUUGGGUUCUCCGGUUUAUAAUAACAGGAGAUUCCAUAUGAAUGGCAUGACCAUCUCUUCUCCGCCGCAGCCGCAGCCGCCGCCACCGUCGUUAUUUCAACCUAACUUCUAUCAUCAUCAUCAUCAUCAUCAGUACGGACAGGACGGUUUGAGAUCGUCAACUAGGUUUAGCCCCAAGAUGCCUGUGAAGAGGAGUAUGAGAGCUCCGAGAAUGAGAUGGACAAGCACACUUCAUGGUCGGUUUGUUCAUGCUGUGGAAUUACUCGGCGGCCAUGAAAGGGCGACUCCAAAGUCGGUGCUUGAGCUAAUGGAUGUGAAGGAUCUUACACUAUCUCAUGUCAAGAGCCAUUUACAGAUGUAUAGAACUGUGAAAACCACUGACAGGACUGCAGCUUCCUCAGGUCAAUCUGAUGGAUCCGGAGAAGAUGAUCAAAUCUCAACCGGAGCUCAGACAGGAGGAGGGGACAGUGGAAAUAUUGAACAAAGGGCGGUUUCAGAAUACCCAUCUUCGGCUAAUAAUAAGAUGGGUAGUUUGUGGAGUAAUUCUUCAAGUAGAGAGGCAUGGAUGCAGAUGGACUCCAAUGGUGCAGACGAAUUGAGACCUCUCUCCUUGCCAAGAGAAGAAAGAUGUAAAAACCUUACAGAGGAAACUGAUUCGAAUCGUUUGAAAAGUUAUUUAAUGUCGGAUCUGAAGCAAAAGAAUCCAAGCUUGGAGUUCACACUAGGAAGACCAGAUUGGCGCGACAAAGAAGAUAACGGAUUAAUCUAAAAAUAAGAAUAUCCACUAAAUAUAUAUAACUAAUUUUGAGGCAUGGUAAAUAAACCAUGGAGUUGAAAUUUAAUUGCAAGAUAAGCCUCCUUUCAU